AUGCAAGCGGAGGAGGAGAAGCUUGUUCGUCGAACGGAUUGGGAAGCGUCGAUGGCUCGCAAGAUAAUGAGUGGAAUCGGAGUGAAAUCGAGGGUCUCUUUUGCCCUAUUUGUAUGGAAGCUUGGACCACCGACGGUAACCAUUAUAUCUGGUCAGGACAAGAAGGCGAAUACUUUGGUUGUCGAACACAUCUCUUCAACUGAUAUCUCCACUGUAGGGAUCGAUUACAGUAGUCCAAGUAGUGAUUUGGAUUUCAACUCUGGUGACUUUAGGAGCCUACCUGUAGAAUCUUCAUCGAAUUUGUUUUUGGAAGAAAAGGUAUCGCAUAGAUUAAAGGGUCAUGAUGAGAAAGUAAAAGACGUUGCUGAAAAUGCUUUCUUGUCAACUGAAGUUUCCACGAUGGAAGGUUCAAGCAUCAAUUUUGAUCUCAACACUGAUGAAAACAGCUACAUGCCUGUAGAACUUUCAGUCCUGGAGGAGAAGACUUCAUCUAAUUUGCAAGUCGAGGACGAGAAGGUGAAUAAGAUGGUUGAAGAUGUGGCCUUUUCAAAUGAAGGAAAGAAACAUUAUUCCUGGAGUUCAAAUCCAGAUUUCAAUCCCACUGACUUUAAAAGUAUGCCUAUAGAAUCUCCAAUCAGUUUGUCCUUGGAGGAAAGGCCCUCAUAUAAUUUGAAAGAUCAGGAUGAGAAGAUUAAGAAUAAUGAUGUACCUCUCUACUCUAGUGAAGAUUCUCGCAUGCCUACAGAAUUUUCAGCAAACUCAUCCCUUGAGGAAAAGGUGACAAAGUUUAUUCAGAAUGGGGAUUUGGAUAUGAUUGAGGAUAAUGCCUAUGGUAUAUUAAAUGAACGUGUUGCUGAAGAAAGCAAGGAAUUUAUCAAGCUGCAAAAUUCGGUAGUGCAGCCUGCUGAAGAGCACUCUGGAAAUUCGCUUAAUGGUGGGAGUGUUGCUGUGACAUUGAAUGGCAGUACACUGACAUCCAAGGAUGUCACUCCUGCUGCACUAGUCACUCAACCACUUAGGCGGUUGUGCUCUUUGCUAUGGAACAUAUCUAGGUUUCCGUAUACUUUUUCUGAUGAUGUGGAGAAGGCUAUGGCCAAAGACUUGCACCCAAAGCUUCUAGCCGGGAUGUUUUUCUUCUUUGCUCUUGGAGCAACUGGUGGAAUAACAGCUCUACUCACUUCAGAUAAACCCAUCUUUGAGAGUCCUCAUGCUGUUACAGGUUUAACUGGCCUUGCUCUCUUGACCUUACAAGCCACAUUACCUGCAUUAUUUGAGGUAAUCAUGAUUUUUGAGGACCUGAAUUCUAUUGUUUUCUUCUUUUUAUAUCUAUUCCCAGUUCUUUCAAUCUCUUUUUCUUUUUUCUUUUUUUUUUUUUUUUUUUUUUUUUUCACAUUAAUCUUGGGAAGUGGGAUUAUGACAUUGUUUCUUGUGCACGCUGCUCUUGGAUUUCAACUUGGGCUCAGUUUCUAAUCACAACUUGUCCAUGCCUUGUCCUCUUGGGCUCUAUGUCAUUCAAAUUUGUUUGUAUGCACAUUCUUUUUGAACAUUGAUUUGACAGCAAUUUUUGGAGGACAUGAUCAAUGAGAUUAUUGUGAUUCCAUGAGGCUUAACAUA